CGAGCUUAGCAGCGACCCACGAUAGACACUGACAGUUCCCGAAUCGUCCAUCAUCCAUCAUCGUCAUAAACACGUCCUCUCAACCAACGCUCGCGACAGUGACACAACUCACGAGAGCGCAAACGCAAGAUGUCACUCCUCACGCCCUCUGAAUCACACGCCUUCCAGUCCUUCCUCUCCGCCCUCGACUACGACGCCCACUCCCUCGCAGACCAGGUCUUCGCCCCAGAAUGGUCCCUCCUCUCCGACGACAUACACGUCCCCCAGCCGCCUCCGGGCAAGGAGGCACUCACGAAAGCCACGAAGGAUCUCAUGUCGCUUCAGCCCCAGUCCUUCAACCCCCCUUCGUACUCUUCAUCAUGGCCGUCACAACGACCACAGACAGCGCACUCGGCACCGAGCCCUCUGUCCACGAACUCGCCCGCACCGACACAGCAGCCCCCGACGGCGCACACCAACAGUAGCAACAACAACAACAACAACAACAACACGAAUCCGUUCUUCCUCUUCCACCAACGCAGAGCCUCCUCCGCGGCCUACAACGAUCCUCCUAUCCCCACAGCAACGCACCCCCACGCCCUCAUGCUCUCCACCUCCUCCUCCUCCUCCACCUCCUACGCACCCCAUCCCCAUACACCCACCUCACCUCCACCCACCUCAUCCAAACGCUCCUAUUCCGAAGACUCCUCCUCCACGUCACAUAACACGACAGUCAAACGACGCCGUCCCUCCUCUCCCGGCCCCGCUCCUUCACGCCAAGCCUCGUCGCCCGGUGGUGGUGGUGGUGGUGGUGGCGGUGGUGGUGGGGCAGGAAAACCAGCAUUAUUGAGCGCAUCCCAGAAAAAAGCGAAUCAUAUACAAUCAGAACAGAAGAGAAGAGCGAAUAUCAGACGGGGGUAUGAGGCGCUUUGUGAGACUGUGCCGGCGUUGAAGGAGGCGAUUCGGUUGGAGGAUGAGGCGAAUGCCAUCGCUAAUGGAAAUGGGGGUGCGGGGGUGGCGAAGAGGAGGAAGAGUCGGAACAAGGGGGGGAGGGGCGAUGGGAGGGGCGAUGGGAAUGGGAGGGGAGAGGGUAAUGGGGAGGAGGGAGGGGAGGGGAAGGUGCUGGAUGGGAGGGCGGGGCCGAGGAGCGAGAAUAUCGUUUUGCAGAAGACGGUGGAUUACAUCCAAGACAUGCUCUCCGAGAAACAACACCUCCUCGCCCGUCUACAACGCGCCCAGGGCGCAUUACCCCCCGGGCACCCUGCCCUUUCCACACUUGCCCUUUCCACACUUUCACUUUCCACACAUGCACAUGCGACGGGCUCGAGGGAGGAUGCGAACGGCGUCAGGUUGUGGGAGAGGGAGUGGACGGGCGGGUCGGGGCUUAAUGAUGAUAAUUCGAGCGACGAGGAGGAGUAGGGCUCGGGCUGCGUGCUCGGGCUGUGUGCUCGGGCUCCUUUCAUUGGAUUUCGACGACGACUCGAGUUUGACUUCACUCCUGGAGCUUGCUAUUAUUGCUUGCAUUUACUUACGCACUUAACAAUUUCUAACCCAACAUGCUGUACAAACGUCCAAACGUUCAAACCCUUCGUCUUCUUCUUCUUCUACAUUUUCACCGUUUCGCGUUUCACCUUUUCGCCGUUUCGCAUUUUCGCAUUCACCUUUGUGCUUUGAUUGACUACUAAGUAUUCCCGUGUAUUCGCUGCUACUUGCUUCAAAUUUCCCAGUGUCCAGUGUCCAGUUGUUUUUAUACCUACCUACCUACACCCUGACCCCAUCCUAUCCUGACCCCAUCCUGUCAUAU